AUGAAACUUUUUAUUGUUUCUAUCAUAAUACUGUCACUUUUUGGAAAAACAAAUGCCCUUUUUUUCAAUCUUUUUGGAAGUAAUUGUUGUUGCUGUCAACCUCAAAAACCAGCGUGUCCUCCAGGAUGUGUUCCUGGUAGUGCACCUUCUACAAGCUAUGCUGCUCCACCAUCCUUAACUAGUUAUGCUGCUCCACCACCAGCAUCUAGUUAUGCUGCUCCACCACCAUCAUCUGGUUAUGUGGCACCAUCAGGACCUAGUUAUGUUGGACCACAGGUUGGUCCAAGUUAUGCUGGAUCUCAACCAUCUACUGGUUAUGUAGGUCCAUCAGGUCCUUCAGGUCCUGUUGGUGGUGGAUAUGCUGUUUCUGGGCCAAUUUCUGCUCCAUAUGCUCAACAAGGUCCAAUUGGUGGACCAGUAUCAGUUCCUACUCAAAGUGUUACUUACAAUGAGCAAGGUCCAGCACCAACACCAAUCGUAACUCCAAGUGGUGGAUAUGGUGAUCAAGGAUCUGCUACAAGUGGUGGAUAUUUUGAACAGGGAACAGGGCAAAUUUCAACUAAAGAAGAAAUUAAACAAUCAACAGCUACCGGAGGCUCAUAUGGAGGUUCAAGAAAAAUCUAA